GACUUCCUGUUCAGCUCAAUCGUAGUUUUCAAAAUACCGGAGAGGAAGAUGGAAUAAGCACAAGGAAUUGGGAUACAUCCGGUGAAUGCGAGGCGGGAAAGUUGAGGAUCCACGCUCGAUCACCCAGCGCUCGGAGGCUUAGCAGAGACAUUGAAAGUGGGUGCGCAACCCCGUGAAAGUAGUGAGCAAGGAACAAAAAUGUGGUUGAGGACAUCCAUCAAACGCCUUCCGCUCCAACCGUUGCUCACAACCAUCACGCCAAUUCGCACUCUCACGGCUCUCUCCACCCACCAAGAGCGAGAACAAGAGCAAGACCCAUACUCGCUAAUGAAAGAAGACCCAAUACAAGUGUGCAGCUCCCUCUGGGUUCGAUCCUUCUCCAAUCAGACCCACGCUCCAUUCUCCAACCUUACUGGCUUCCUCUCCAAAUUUGACCUCUGGGUGUUAGCCUACCAACGAUCAUGCGCCCACUUCACCGGUUCCUUUCCUCCUCGCAACGCCAUCCACUCCCAAGUACUCCGCGACCUCCUCUCCCUCCAAAAUGCCGUCGUUCGGGGCCGCUUCUCUUGGAACCACAAGAUCCAUUCCUACAUUCGCAGCCCCAAUGAAAAGCCCCUCACGGAAUUCACAUCCAAGCGUAAGAUUCAGUCAAUACUGGAGUCUAAUGCGCCUUGUUUCCAAGACCGAGUUGUUCAGGAGGUUCUGUUGUUGAUUUUGGAACCCAUUUUCGAGGCUCGGUUCUCGUCCAAGUCCCAUGCGUUUCGGCCUGGUCGGAAUGCUCACACUGUUAUUCGGACCAUUCGGAGUAAUUUCGCUGGGUACCUAUGGUUCUUGAGAGGGGAUGUAAGCGAGAUUUUUGAGACUGUGGAUACAGAUGUGGUAAUGGGUUAUUUGGAGAAGUAUGUGAAGGAUAAGAAGGUUUUGGGUUUGAUCAAAUUGGCACUUGGAGCACGGGUUAGGAAUCAAGCACAUGGUGGUGAUUGCGAUGUAACGUUUGGGAAGAAGAAGAAGAAGAAAGGGCCUAAGAAGAAAAAAAUUCUCAAUGAGAAUGAGCCGAAACCUGACCCAUUUUGGUUGAGAUCAUUCUUUAGCUUUGCUCCAGAGGAAGCUGCCAAGGUACCUUCUUAUGGUCAUUGUGGAAUUCUUAGUCCUUUGCUUGCCAAUGUGUGCCUUAGUGAAUUGGACUAUAUGAUGGAAGAGAAAAUUAUCAAGUUUUUUAGACCAUCUAAGCUUGAUUCAAUAUGGAGAGAUUCAAUCAAUGAUGGUAGUCAUAACCCUGCUUGGCCUGAGUUUGUGCCAUCCAGUGAUAGGGAGAAGACAAGAAAAAUGGAUUACAUUCGUUAUGGGGGUCAUUUUUUGAUUGGAAUUCGAGGGCCUAGGGAGGAAGCAGUGCAAAUUCGGAAGGAAAUAACUGAAUUUUGUGAGAGCAAAUAUUGGUUGAAGUUGGAUAAUUCCAAGGUGGAGAUAGAACACAUAUCAAGGGGAAUUCUGUUUUUAGACCAUAUAAUUUGCCGCAGGGUGAUACACCCUACACUAAGGUACACAGGGACAGGAGGUAAAAUUGUGAGUGAAAAGGGUGUAGGGACUUUGCUUUCAGUCACGGCUAGCUUGCAACAAUGUAUUCGUCAAUUCAGACGUCUAGGGUUUGUUAAAGGUGAUAGGGAUCCAGAGCCACUACCUUGCACUCCAAUGCUGUAUUCAAGUCAGGCUCAUACCAAUUCACAAAUGAAUAAGUUCCUCGAAACGAUGGCAGAUUGGUACAGAUACGCAGACAACCGAAAGAAAAUUGUUGGAUUUUGUGCUUAUGUGAUCCGCAGCUCUCUGGCUAAAUUAUAUGCUGCAAGGUAUAGGCUGAAGUCUCGUGCCAAGGUAUAUAACAUAGCUUCUCGUGAUCUCAGUCGUCCACUAAGAGAGAGUAGUAACAAUUCUGCACCUGAAUAUUCAGAUCUUUUAAGGAUGGGACUUGUAGACGCCAUUGAGGGUGUUCAAUUCUCGCACAUGUCUUCAAUUCCAUCAUGUGAUUAUGCACCAUUCCCAAGGAAUUGGAUCCCAGAUCAUGAGCAGGUGUUGCGUGAGUACAUUAAGCUAGACAACCCAAAGUUCUUCUGUGACUUGCUCAGAUCAAUUAAACAAGAAGGUUUAAGUUUGCCACAAGAUGAGAUAUCUGACAUUGUGUGGGACUAUAAGACUCUGGGAGUUUGGAGCAAACGAUCUGAUGGUGAGAAGGAAUUGAAAAAUGAUAGUGGGAAAGAGAUGAUGACAUUGUAAUUUUAGUUGUGGAAUCAGAGAAUUGAUUUGUCUCUUUUAAAAAGGAACUUCAUCAGAUGGUUUGUCAUGGUAGAAGGUCACCUUAAAAUGAUCCUGGGCAAAAUUUUCUCUCUUCAUAACACAAAGGUGCAAUGUACACACCAUUACGUGAAUGGUACUGGAGUUACUUUAUGUGCUGGGAAAUUGGUGCUAUGAGUUUCUUUUCACCUCGAUGUGUCUAGCACUGAGAGGGAAUGUCAGUCAAAUAGCACAAAUAUAACAAUUGUGUUAAGAUUGAUUACUGGCUGGGCAUGAAGGGUAGAAUUUGAGAAAAAAAGAAAAAUGCAUCUGGGAGAGGCUCGAGGUGGCAAUAAUAGGGGUCAUGAUGGGGUAUUAUUUGCUAAAAUUAGUGCAAUGAAGAUGGAUGAUGGCAAUACAUUUGGGGGAAGUUAGAGGUGGACAAACAGGGACCAAGAUGAGAAAAUAUUUGCUAAAAUUGUCUGUUCAUGUGCAAUGAAGACCUACAAUUGCAUCUGUAAGGAGUGACAUUUUUCAAGAUGAAGGCAUUACUAGGACUUGGGUGGAGUUAAUGAAAAAGUCCAUCUUUUAUUAUUUAAAAGAAAUAUGGAUCUGUAUUGAGUGAAAGCUAAAGAGAGUUUGGAAUGGUGAUUAGAUUUCAGAUGUCCAUUUACUAACAGCAGUAUUCAAUUUCAACUAAAGCGGUUUAAAAGAUCAACUGUACACUCGAGAAGCUCUUCAUAUAGAACUCUCCAAUACUGGAGCUUCCCUAUUUUAUUACUUAUUUCAGUACUGUCUUCUUGAAGCCUCUUCAUCCAAAUAGGACAGGAGUUUCUUCAAUGACUGAAAGAUUCCAUAGAAUCCAUUAUCAAUGUAUAUGAGGAGGCAUGCUCAAGUCAUACAGAUCUAAUGUUUCAAGUUUGAGCAUCAUCAAUCCUGCUCUUGAGGAUAUUUGAUUUAUUUGGGUUUUUGGGGCUUCAAGUUUAAAACAAAAGCUGGAGUUAUAUCUUGAUUAGGUAAGGUGUGAUCCUAUCUAAAAUUUAUGGAGGUCAUUUAAUUAAUAGAAAUAACAGUGCUUGUUUCAGAUUUUAUUCUGACAUUAAAGAAAUUUGCUAACCUAGUAUUGAUUGGGUAAUCUGAAGUUUAUAUGGUACAUUGGCAUUUUCUCUGCAGCUGUGUCCCUAAAUAAAGAUGCAUUGCAUCCCAUCAUCUCAUCUCCUCAUCCAAAAAGGAGGUCCCAUGGAAGAAAUAAGUGAUUCUUACUAGGAUGGUCUCUUAGUAUCGUUGGUGACAUUUUUGAUGUUCUAUUUCUCCAUAUUCCAAAAAGUGGGUGAGACUGGUUCCAUACUCCAAAAUAGGCUUUAUAUCUAUGUGCUCUAGCUUCGGCAUGAAAGGGCACCAAGUGUGAUUUAGUCAUGAAAGGGUACCAUGUGUACUUUGGUCAUGAUUUCCAAAAGAUUUCCUUGAUUUUUGUUGCAAUUUUGAGAGGUCGAAGUUAGGCUAAAAAGCUGAGAUUCUAUGAAUUCAGCACUAUAGUUGAUUUUCUGGUGUUAAGCUUCCACAAUUUCACCAAUAAAUUUCCAAGAGAAACUGCCCUUUUAGAAUGACCAAAGAUUGAACUGCUAUCAUAGUUAAAAAACUAUGUCAGAUUGCUUCUUCCGACUGGGUUUAAUUUUUAACUGUUUCUUUUUCUUUUCUUGUCUUUUCUUUUUCUUAUUCACCUGUUUCUUCAUGCCGACUGCCUUCCAUGAUGGUAAGCUUUAAUCUAUAAUUAUCAUUAUGUCUGAAAACUGGGUUUACAUUUUUAACCAUUUCAUUUUCUUUUUUUCUAGUUCACUUGUUCCUUCAGGUUGACGGGCAUCCAUGUAGUAAACUUCAAUUUAUGAUUAUCACUAUGUCAGAAUGCAUCUCCCAAUUGGAUUUAUUUUUUACCCCUGCUCUCUCUCUUUUUCUUUUUCUUUUACAUAUCCUCUUGUUGCUUCAUGUUGACUGGUUUUCAUAUUGGUAAGAUUAUUUUGUAUAUUUAGCAUUGAUUUAUUUUGUAUGAAUAUUAAGGCCUUCUGGUAUUGGUCUCUCUUAUGUCCUGUUCUGCUAGUCCAUUAGUGAUGCCAUCCGGCACUAGCUAAACUUAUUUAAUUCAGUUGAUACUAAGCAGAAAUAUUUCUUUAGAUAACUUUCAUAUGAAUGCUCAGAAUAUUUUUUGUGGGUGCUUACAUUUGAGAAAACUGCAAUUUUGCUUUCUUUUUCAGGUCAUAUGUGACUGUAGAACACUUGUGUUGUACAGAUCUGAAAUUACCUAUGGUAAGGAUUGCUAUUUGUCGUCAUGUUUUGUACUAUUCUUUUCUAUAUUUGCAUGCUUGAAGCUUGCUUCUAACCUCUGGGCAUUACCCCGACUUUCUCUGUUAUACACUUUCGAUUUCUAAAGAACUUCAAUAUUUUUUGAGAGGUGAAGAUAAAUUUAUUAGGAAACAUCUAACGAAAAGGGGGCACAACCCAGGUACAUAGGAAAUAUACAAAAUAUAUUCAAUGGCAACAAGGAAAAGAAGAAACCUAACAUAGGCAAAGGUCCUGCCUUAAGGGACUUCUUGACCAAACGAACACAGCACAGAUCAAAUUUUCUAGUCCUCGAACUGUUUGCUCCACAUCCUCAGAAGAUUUACUAUCUCUCCAUCGCAAAAAUAGUGUAAAACAAACACAGUGAUGCAGAACUCCACACCUCUACUGUUUUUUGCCCACAAAUGUCAAGGAGGUGGAUAAAAUAAUUCUUCUCCCUUUCUCCGUAUUUAGUUUUUACAAUUUUGGUAAGCGCAUUUUGUAAGGUUUCUCUAAUACAUUUACCCUUUUUGCAAAUGUCUAUCUCUGGCUGUUUGCGUUCGUUGCCUUUUUCUAUUAGUUUGUUCAUCUAAACUGAUAAUGAUGGUUUUAAUUGCUGCCAUUACACAACUUGUUGGAGGGUUAGAACCUCAACUUCUUUCCCCAUACAAGUGUUGCCUCUAGCCCCUGAAAGCCCACGCCCUUGAUCUGUAAGAUAGGAGUACUGAUAUAUGCAUUUAGGAAAUUGCCUAUAUGCAUUGAUAGGCCGUUCUAGGGCGGUUACCUCUAUACAUUUGUUGAUAGCCACAGUGAAAGGGAAGAAAGAAGAGAUUAACAUAUAUGCUUUUGUAUGGUUCAUUCUCUUUUACAGCCACCUGUUUUAGACGCAAGGAAUCGUAUUUCUAUCUUGACCAGAUUAAUGUGCACCCAAAUGCUGUGGGAGGCGUGGAUAUAAUAAUUAGAUGCUAUUUUGUUUGACUAAUGAAUGGAGCUUUAGGCAAAAACCGAACAAGAAAUCCAAGUUGGUGGCAUGGCGAGGGCAAAAGGGUGGUGGUGGCGGGCACCAGACGUGAUGCCCUCGUGGAAUUGGAUCCUUGACAAGGAAUGGGAAUAAGAAUGGAAAUAGGGUUGGAAUCAGAGGAGAAUCAGUUAUGAAUGAGUGAAAUUGACCUCCACAACAUGGUAUGGCCAGAAGAAACGAGGCUGAGAGAACAAUCAACAUCUACUUUGAUUUUUGUUAGUCCCCAUAAAAAAAAGGGAGAUGCCCACUUCAUUUAUGGAGUUGGUCCCAUAAAAUUCAAAUUGCGGAGGAACUCUAAUCCUGGAAAAUCUUGAAAAACAUUAAAAUACUAGGGCAUGGAAAGAUGCUGCUCCGGAGGAACUCGAAAAUCUUGAAAAACAUUAAAAUAAUAGGGAUGAGCAGCAGGGCAGUUCCGUAUUGGACCAGGUGAGAGGGAAGAAUUUAGCAGUUAGCACUCAACCCUUUGGCACCCAUCUUCUCAUCCUCAAAGCUAUAACUCAAAUUGAAUUCAAACAUAGUCCAAAAUACUUCUAUGUUACUUUCUUUUUUCACUCCGCUCUCAUCUCUCCCAUAAGUUGUCCGUAAAAUCUCAUAAGAAAAGAGCACAAAGAGUUCAAUAUCAAAUAUGAGAGCAAUUUACUUUCAUUCAAAUAGCAUUUGUUCCAUUCAUUCAUUCAUACAUACACACAUCCCAACUGCUUGAUUCAAUAAAAUUCAGGUAGAAGAACCGUUGCUCUCAUCCAGAUCGAACGCCGACACCGGAAAUGAUCUAGAUAUUCCGGUGGUGGAGUUGCCAAAAGCGAUCUUCCCGGAAGAGGGAUCGUCGAUGUAGAUGUCGGAGAUGGUGACCCAGAUGAGAAGCUCCUUGCUCUUCACCCCAGUCAGCUUCUUCAUCCGCUGCUUCUCCACGAAGGCUGUCACUUCCGUGUCGUAGGAGACGUUGCGGCCGAUGCGCUGGAACUUGUGCUGCUUCCUCUUCUUCUGCUUCAGCCACACAAAGCCGGUGGAGCGGUUGUACCCCACCUCCUCCAAGUCUUCUAGAGGUAACAGACCCUUGGGCAGACAGAUCUCCUCUAGUAGCUCACGAGACUUCUGCUUGCAGAGGGCUUCGCCGGUGUACACCUCAGCGUUUUCCCUGUGACCGGCGACUACCUGAGACGACAUUUUGGGAGUUGGAGGGUGAUUUGUCUAGGGCUUCGAUUUGUGU